AGCCUCCAGGGAGAUACACAGGGGGAACAGGCCAAGAUGCUCAAGACCUGCCCUGUGAAACUCUGCACUGUGCGCAGAUGCCAGAACGGUGUGGCCAGGAGGAAGGCUGCAGAGGUGUCUGGGUCACCUCUGCAGAUCUCUUCCUUUGGUCAGGAGAAGGCUUCUCAGCAGUCAAGUGGGGGGCUGGGGUAUAUUCGAAUAGUUGGGACUCACAACACAGUGAACAAGAUUUUUCACAUUGUGGCUUUUGAAUGUAUGUUUACAAACAAAACCUUCACUCUGGAGAAGGGCCUGAUAGUUCCCAUGGAGAAUGUUGCAACAAUUGCUGAUUGUGCCAGUGUGAUUGAAGGAGUCAGUCGGAGCCGAAAUGCCUUGCUGAAUGGGGACACCAAAAAUUAUGAUUGGGAUUCUGGCUAUACAUGUCAUCAGCUAGGAAGUGGUGCGAUUGUUGUUCAGCUGGCACAGCCGUACAUGAUUGGGUCAAUACGGUUACUACUUUGGGACUGCGACGAUCGAAGCUAUAGCUACUAUGUUGAGGUUUCCACCAACCAGCAACAGUGGACCAUGGUGGCUGACAGAACGAAAGUCUCCUGCAAGUCCUGGCAGUCAGUAACUUUUGAAAGACAGCCUGCCUCCUUCAUCCGAAUCGUUGGAACACACAACACAGCGAAUGAGGUGUUCCACUGUGUCCACUUUGAGUGUCCAGAGCAGCAGAGCAGCCAGAAGGAGGAAAACAGCGAGGAACUGGGGACAGGGGACACCAGCCCCGCCGGUCAGCAGCUCGACCCGCAUGCCCUCCAGGCCCCCAGCGGCAACUCACUUCCUUCCAGCCCAGGCUCCAACCCUCGCUCAUCCAACCGGCAGCACCAAUAAAUGUGGGAUGACUGGGUGGGCCCAGAUGGCGACAAGAACUGGUGUCCUCCUCCCCCUUCCAGAGAGGAGCAGACCUGGCUGCAGAAACACACAGAACAGGUUUCUCCCAAGGACAGGAGUGGGCUGCUUUGUUCUCCUCAAUUUGUUCAAAUCAAGCUGGUCUCCAGGGGGAGAAAAUGGGUCUUCAAUCUUCAUCAAGUCCACCAUUAACACCCUACCUCUCUAAUCUAACCCAGGCAAGGGAACAGAAGGAAGUAAUAGGCCCAUGUCGGAAUUCAAAACUGGCAUGCGAACACUUGAAUGGAAGAGAAUAUGUUAGGCCUUUAUUACCUGGGGGCACCCUUUAGGAAAUGGGUUUCCGUAGAGUGUGUACUUUUAUGGAACACAUUGCCCUGGGAACUAAAUGAUUUUUUAUUUCUUUUAGUUAUUCUCCAUUUGCUGAAUCAUAGGUGUUCCAGAUCUUUCUCAAAUGCUCAAACAGCGAAUCACUAGUUUUAAUCCCUUUGACGCUGUAAUUUUCCUUCCUUAGUUUUGAACGGUUAAGCUUUGGGUAGAGCCGAGAAACAUCGUGCGUGUCUCCUAAAUGAGGCACAAUUGCGGCUCAUCAUGACACCUGGGCUGACAAGGAAAAUCCUUUGAGGAAGUUCAGCAAAAUACACAAUGAACAAAUCAACCCAUGGACACUGGCGUUAAUAAUCACUCGAACUGCUGGGUCAUUAACCUGUCAUUCCCGAAAUGUAUCUAGCCUUCAAGCUUGGGAGGCUGACAAGGAUAGUUAUUACACCACCUGCUAAUUCGGUGUUUGGAAGCACGUGUAUAUAAAUGUAUACCAACUUCUGCCUGGGCUGGACCGGUCCGAGAAUUGCCACACUUUGGCCGCAUACAGAGCAGCCCCUUCUUUGCAGCGCGGGUGUGGUGUUUGGUGGCUGCUGUAUUUAUCCCCCAGACCACAAUACUUGAUUGGAGAUUGAAGAAAAAAGCAGUGCUAAAAUGCUUUUCUCCCAGUCCUCACUGAAACAAUCUUAUCUGACUCUUGCUACAGCACUUGUGUCUCUUAGUAAUUUCCAUUCCAGUGCCCCUUGUAACUCAAUUAGAUUGUUUGAUGUCUGCGUAUCUGCAGAGCUCUCCCUUGGCUGUCUGUCUCAAUCAGCUCCAUGUGAAGCUCCUACAGACGCAGGGUCUUCUGCACACCCUGUGACCCUGCUUAGGAGGGGUGGUACUUACAAGGGGUUCCUGUCUGGCGUCUUAAAGCCACAUUGGUUGCAGGUGUACAAAGAGCAAUGGGUCAUCUGUUUUCUCCUGGUGUAACUUAGUUCUGAGUGAGUGAUGGAUACGAGAAUAGUAGGGUAGCGUCAAACUGCAGGACUUGCCAGAAGGGCUGCCUCCUGUGUGAGUGCAGCUGGGGAGGAGCUGGUCCUGGGGGAGGGGAGGCUGCUGAGCCAGCAGUUCUCCCUCCCACUGCUGGGCUCAGGGCUCCGAGUCUCCCUCUGCACCCUCACUCUGUGAUCUCUGUCCACUUCCCCUUGUGUGAGGUGAGAGGAACCCCCGAGGGGUGCCCUACAUUUGAUUAUGGGAGGGAGGCUCCUGUAACCUGUGGGGGUGCCGCCCGUUCACAGUGGGUGGCUGCCCUCUGUGGCUUGCUCACUGCCUCUGUCAGCAUCCAGCCCCCAGUCGCCUGUUAGCACAGAGUUCCUGUCCAUUCAGCAUUUCCUCCAGCAGUGCAUUUGCUACCCAGUGAGGGAACACAGGCAGCCAGAUAAGUCGGAGCUAGGGCGGAGUGCAAAUGUUUUGAAAGUGUCAUCUAUUGAAGGACUUCUUUUUAAACUCUAAAGCCUGCCCAAAGAGGGUCUUUUUAAACUCUAAAGCCUGCCCAAAGAGGGUCCCCAUGCUCAGAGGCCACACUGUGGCCCCAGAGUCUGGGCUGGGCUGGUGAAGGGUCUGGAAGAGUUGACUGAACCAUCUGUCUCCAGACCGGUCAGUUCCCAUGGCCACGCAGCACUCUUUGCUGCCCCAGGCCCAGGUAACUAAAUACCUCUGGGCAGCUCAGCCUCACACCUGAAGGGACACAGGCUGCGGGCGAAGUGUCAGCACUAGACCCACACUGAUGCCCUUCCCGCCAGGCCUCGCCUCCUUCCUCCUGCCCCCUGUGAAUUUCCUUUGAUGUUUGCGCCUUCCAGAUGCGAGCCCUAGGUCUGUCUUGAGAGAACGGAGUUUGCCUCCCUCCAUUCCUCCUCCAGCACUUCAUAUGCCCAGAUGAAGGGAAAGAAGAGGAAACCGAGGCACCGCUGACAACAUGGCAGCAGGGAGGACCGAGGGCAGGCUCCGCCUCGUGGCGCCACCUCGAUCUCCCCCAGGCCUCCUGGCCUUUCUGGGGGCGUUGCUCGCAUGGAAUCCACUCCCAACGCCAGGCUGACAUCAACGAAGCCUGGCAAAGCCUGCGCUGGCCUAACUCUAGGCACCAGGCCAGGGGCGCUGCAUUCCUUGACGAGCCUUCUGAUUUGGGGGGCAGAAGGGGAUCUUUCUGCUUGCCUGGCUGGGCCAGGGCCUUCUAGAGGGGACCUGGAGACCCAUUGAAGGUGUGUCACACCAGACAUGCCCAGACUGAGGCCUGCAUCUUCAGAGAAUGAAGGAUCAGUGGGCAACUAAGAGAAGUCCCCAGGCCACUGGCGUUCUCUAGAGCCCUGGCCGAUCCUGUGCGGGACUUCUACCCUGUGGCCAACCAGACCUAAACGGCCUGAAAACUCCAGACCAAGAGAGCUAACUGGACUGUGGGUGACAAGACGGGCUGGCGCACAGCCAGAAGGAGUUGCAGACACCCGCAGAGCCCUCAGCCCAGCAGAGGGCGGGGGCUGUUUCUGGGCACUGGCAGCGAUGGCGUUCGAGGAAGGAGAUGCAACCAGGCCACCGGUGGAGCGGGGAAUGGUACGGGACCGUGGCCCCCCUCCCCCGUGAAGGCACAGCUUGGGUGGUGUCCGGUUUAAGGAAAGGUCAGGCAAGGCUGGACCCUCAGCAGAGAUGGACAGAGGUGUGCUUGUGACCUCUGGUCUUUUAUUAUGAUAACUUGUCAGUUACAAACUAAAAUGACAGCUUCCUAACCACCACGUAGGUCAAGAAAUAGAACACUGCCAGAACCUUCUGCCCUUCAUUUUAAGUUGUGUUUCUUUGAAGAGUAAAAAGCAAACUUCAUUAGGGCCUUCAUAGUCGCUUUCUGGCAGUCCUGAGAGGCUAGGUAGGGUGGCUCCGAGCAUGCCAGGCAGGGCACCUGCCGAAUGGGAUUGGCACCCUGGUCAAGGCAGCCUUAAAGGCGGGAUCGCUGCCGACUCGAAACAGGUGUAAUAGAAUAACACAAUCACCCCUGCGCCCGCGCGCGCGCACACACACACACACACACGCAUUUACCCAUAUUCUCAGUGCUUUUUUUGUUUUGCUGAUUUGAGUUAGAACCAUGAGCCCAAGAUGGUUGUGGGACUCCUCAAUUGUUCUUUAAAUUGUCACUUUUUAAAUCUUAUUUAAUGACAAAUACAUUAAAAGUGUUUUAUUCCUAGAAGAGUUGGGAAAAGAAAUUAUUUUCAGCAACAAUGGGAUGUUUCUUAGACUGAUUCCUCAGCAAAAAAAAAAAAAUGAGUUUUUGAAUUGUGCAAAAAAUUGCUCAGUACUUAUGCUGUCGCCCCAAUUGUCAAACUGCUGUGCACACAGCUCCAACCCAGUCAACUUCACCUUUUUGUUAAUUUAGAAGCUAACAAAAUUGUAAUUACUUUUCCUUUGCAGAGAAGCAGAGGGAAAACGGAAGGUAUAACCUGUGAUAAAAAGCAGAGCGUCCUGCGUGCCGAAGUCACGUGGUAAUAAAGAGGGAGCAUUCCCCAUUGUGGGCUUCAAUUAAGACCCUUCCUUUGGACAGAGAAGAAAGAUGUCAAAGGGGAAAAGAAAAUUAAAUUUGCCUUCUUCCCUUUUUUCCUCA